AUGCAUAGUUGGAUUUUUAUUAAAGAAUACAGUAAAGACAAUAACAGUGAAAGUCUACUCUCAAUAAGACUGCCUCAUCCAAGGACAGGUCAAGCGGUGAGGUACAUUCUUCAAGACCAGACAUUAUUAGAAAUUCGUAAAGUUGAUUGUGGAAGUCAGAGAUCGUGGUUCAUAGGCAACACUGUUCAAAGCGAUGGGAGUCUUUUUUGUCUUACUCCCAUCGAUCCAUUAUUUGUCUUAGUACCAAUACUCGACACUUGUCGAAGAAAGACAUCAGAUUCAAACGGAUUGUUUAUAUCCUUGGAAGAUAUUCUUGAUGGAGAACAGUAUCCUAGUUUGCCAAAGCUAUCUGCUCUCAACAACAUUGAAAAAUAUCUAGAGUGGGUGUGUGAUUGUCAAGUCAUGAACUCUGGGAAAGUUGUAUUUCGAUUAAAUGAUGAGAAAGUGAUGAAUUGGCUUAAAGCGAAGAUAUCUCAUAUAUUGUCCAAUUUCGAUUCAUUUAACAGUUUGAAACAACUGAUACAGCAUAUGAAUAACGACUCGAUAGAUGAUCGACUGCGAAAAGAGAUUCGAUUGAAAGCAACGAUAGAAAUAGUCAUGGAGUAUCUACCUCCACUUUGGAGAGAAAGGCUUAUGGCAGUAUAUAACUUUGAUGCUCUUGGAAGAUUGGAAGAUGAACCUCGAGAACACAGAACUUUUGACCUACAGAUAUUUUUUGCGAGUAUUUUUAAUUUUCAAUCACAGAGUGAAAGUCCCAGCCCAUCCUAUCUCAGUCGAUCAACACUCAAUAGCCAUCAAACGGAUGCAACACUACAAGAAUUUGCCAUACUGAAAAUAACCAGUCUGCAUGAAAGUCCUCUACUUGAUCCAAACUAUUGCCAGCGUCCGCUUAAUCUCUUGGCUAGAUGUUAUCUUAACUUCCGAAAGGAAUAUUAA